CCCGCACCUUGCUGGGCUCUCCCCGCACCUUGCCUGGCUCUCCCCGCACCUCCGGUUUUCAGAUGGGCUGCCCGAGGCUGUCGGGAUCCCGGGGAGGUUCGCCCGAUCCACCCGACCAAGUAAUCCUGGGCCCACUGAAGCAGAAACAGGCCGCAAGUUUUGGUGGCAGUUCGCCAGCAUCCUGUAAACUUUGCUUAUGAUCGUUUUGAGCGUUGCUCAAUCCCUGGGGGAACUGUUCAAAAGAUUUGGUCGUUUUCCUUUCGAGAAGUUGACAAAGACUUCCUGCAGUAAUAUGUGCGCCAACCUGCGUUUAUGUGAAGGAGCAGCGGGGCCUGGCCGGAAUUUUCACUCUCUUGAAAUAGCCUGAAGUGUCUCAAAGCAGUGUAAUAGUGGUAUUUUGGAAAAUUGCAAGAGAAAGUUGUCCUAGGAAAGUUCGGCGUUAUGAGAUUUUUGUAAAGCCUCGGAUAAAACUUGAUUUCAAGAUGUUCUUGCUUCAUGGUAUCUGGAUUUGGAAACACGGCGUGUUCUUUCAAAUAUUAACAGUGGGUUGCAACAGAACGAAGGCCACUGAAAUUCAGACUAAGUUUUUGGCUCUAGGAACAGAAAGUUAAAGGGACCGACAGUAAGUUCAAGGCCGCUGAAAGCUCUCGAGAACAUUUUCAUUUGUUGACUUUGAAAUUUGUUUAGUUAAGGAGAGGAAGGGCUAAUAGGGCGAUAGCCUGCCUCAAGCAUUUUGGACGACGGGCGUGUCUGGAUAGUCUGAAAUCAGUCAAACAGGCUCUGACUGGCCCAACCUGCUUUACUUAAGUGAGAGAUUUCGGAGCACCUUCACUGGAGAGGAUUCUGAGAGAAAUGAAGAAAGCCAUCAGAAAUGAAGUCAGUAGCCUCAUGGUCUUCUGUUAACUGGACUGGAGUCUCAUUUCUGCACUUCCUUGAAAGGACCCUCUACAUGACCAACACGAUGUCGGCUGAGGUCAUCCAUCAGAUUGAAGAGGCACUUGAUGAUGAUGAGAAGGAGAUGCUUCUUUUUCUGUGUCGGGAUGUUGCUGCAGAUGUGACUGCAUGUAAUGUCAGGGACCUUUUGGAUAGUUUAAAUGAGAGAGGAAAGAUGACUAUCAUGGGCCUGGCUGAGCUGCUCUACAGAGUAAGGCGGUUUGACUUGCUCAAGCGGAUCUUGAAGAUGGACAAAAUGACCGUGGAGGCCUACCUGCUCAGGCACCCUCAUCUCAUUUCAGACUACAGAGUACUGAUGACUGAGAUUGGUGACAAUUUGGAUAACUCAGAUAUGUCCUCAUUAAUUUUUCUCAUGAGGGAUUAUAUGGGCCGAGGCAAGACAGCCAAGAACAAAGAUAAGAGUUUCUUGGAUCUUGUGAUGGAAUUGGAGAAACUAAAUCUGGUUGCUCCAGAUCAAUUGGAUUUAUUAGAAAGAUGCCUAAAGACCAUCCACAGAAUAGACCUGAAGACAAAAAUCCAGAAAUACAAGCAGUCUGCUCAAGCAACAGGAACAAAUUAUAUAAAUGCUCUCCAGGCCUCUCUCCCAAACCUGAGUCUUAAGGAUCCUUCUUAUAACUUAAGGCUUCAGAAUGGGAGAAGUAAAGAACAGAGACUCGUGAUGAGACAGCCUGACAUUCAAAGAGAACCAGUGAAGACAUCCAUUCAAGAAUCAGGAGCAUCUUUGCCUCGGCACAUACCAGAAGAAAGAUACAGGAUGCAGAGCAAACCCUUAGGAAUCUGCUUGAUAAUUGAUUGCAUCGGCAAUGACACAGAGCUUCUUCAGAAUACCUUCACUUCCCUGGGCUAUGAAGUCCAGUGUUUCUUGCUUCUGACUAUGAAAAACAUAAAUCAGAUUCUCCACAAAGUUGCCCAUAUGCCUCGACACCAAGACUACGACAGCUUCGUGUGUGUCCUCAUGAGCCGAGGGAGCUCCCACAGCGUGUUUGGUGUGGAUCCGUCUCCCUCAGGGUUACCUUUAGAUCACAUCAGGAGGAUGUUUAUGGGAGACAUGUGCCCUUAUCUCGUAGGAAAGCCAAAACUCUUUUUCAUUCAGAACUAUGUGAAGACAGAGUACCAUCCGGAGGACUGUGGCAUCCUGGAGGUGGAUGGGCCAGCAGUGAACAACGUGGACUCCAAGGCAAGGCAGCCUGGGCCCUGCAUGGUUCACCGAGAAGCUGACUUCCUCUGGAGUUUGUGCAAAGCAGACGUGUCUCUGCUGGAGCGGCCCUCCAUCUCGCCAUCCGUGUACCUGCAGUUUCUCGCCAAAAAACUGUGGCAAGAAAGAAGACGACCACUUGUGGAACUCCACAUUGAACUGAAUGACAGUGUAUAUAACUGGAACAGAGGAGUGUCUGAUAAGGAGAAGUACUACGUCAGUCUGCAGCAUACCCUGAGAAAAGAACUCAUUCUCUCCUGCAAUUGAAAAGCCAACGACUCUUCUGGCUGCAAAAACCAGCAGAGAUCGAAUUGGUAGAAGAAACUGCUGGAGGACUUCUGGCCAAGAUGGAGGUGUAGGUGGACACACUGUGCCUCUUUGCACAACCAAAAUUAAGCACAACCAAAAUUUAGUAACAAAAAAACAACCAGGACAGAAAAUUGAACUGUCCAGAAGUCCGGAAGUCCGACCGGUAAGAAGGCGGAGUCAGUGGCCGGAGGAGAGGGGUUGCAGCAGGAAAAGCGGUGCCUGGCAGACUCUGGUGUGCAGGGCACAGGCGGCUGUCAGCAGACCCCAGGUGUGCAGGUGGUGGCUAGCAGACCCUGGGCAUGGGGAGGCAAUGAGCAGACCCAGUGAGGCAUGCAAGGCAGCUGGCUGUCUGCAGUCACACAUUUGUGUGUAGAGAAACCAGGUGAAAACGGGCAGCGAGAUAGACCGUGC